AUGAAGCCUCCAAUGCGACCAAAGUCGGCCACUGCAGCAAGCCGACAGGUGAGUCGCCAUCGGAUGCAACUCGUCCAAGAAGCUGCAACACUUUUGAGCAACAAUCAGCUGGAAGAGGAUUCAGAAUUUAUCAGAGACCCGGAGUCGGUGUCAAUAUCGCACAAGGAGGAUAUGGUAAGACCUGGAGUGGUCUCAACUGCAGAGAGGCCAUCGAAUUACCGUAACCGGCCCUUUUCAGCGGCGUCUACGCCCUCAUCCUGCCCCAAAAGAGCGAAUAUGCUGACUACAUCGAACCAAUCUGCCGAAAUUUCGAGCAAUUUCGCGUUAGGAAAAGCGUUGAGUGGGUCGAAUAGACCCCAUUCAGCCGCUGCUAGCACUCGUUACCAGCCAUUCCGAACUCGUGAUAAAAGUUCUGCAUCCCUUGCUAGUUGCUUGUCAGUGGGAUCACGAACUACAAAUACGACGCGAAGUGACCGAUUACUGGCAUCGACACGCAACCACAGCGACAAUACUUUUGUGUACGCUGUCCCUCGUCACUUCUUGGAGCAUGGACUACCACACGAUCCUUACGACAUCGUUCCAGAAGCCUUAUUUGGAGGCGGUAGUAUCAGCCAGAUGCAGGACGCUCGUUGGGACUACUACACCAUCAGCCAAUCUGGCUACACGUUCCAUCUAAAGAGCGACGACUUUCAAUCGACUUUCCUCUCGCUGCGCGACUGGGAAGCUCAAAAGGCAAAUUUCACGAAACUUCGCAAUCUAUCGACAUUUUCAAGGUAA